AUGGAUUAAGAGUAAUAGUAACAGCAAUAUUAAGUGAUGUAAGUCAUUGGAGCAAUUAAAAUCAAGGAUGGUUUAUUUAUAGGUGAUGAAUUUGCUUCAAAAGAUUUAGAGUUUAUAAUAACUAAUAAAGUUACUCAUAUUAUCAACUGCUCAGGAUAGUAGAUUUAAAAUAGUUGGGAAAAUAUUGGUGUCCAAUAUCUUACCUUCCCUUGGAUGGAAAAUGAUCAUUAAAUACUUUUUGAUGAUAAUGAUGAAAAUCUUAACGAAAUUUUCAAUUUUAUUGAAGAAAGCGUUGAAUAAGGAGAAAGCACUCUUGUUCACUCAGUUCGAGGAUAAUCAAGGUCAUGCUGCGUCCUUGCUGCGUAUUUGAUGAAAAAAUUCAAAUGGACUUUGUAUAAAACUCUAGAAUUCCUGAACACUCGUAGACCAGAUUUAGAAAUAAGAGCUAGCUUUUUUCAUUAGCUAACAGCACUUGAAUAAAAGUUAUAUAGAUAAGGAGAAGGAGCUAAGAGCGCUUCAUGGUAAGAAUUAAGCGAUGAAAGUGGUAGAAUAGAGAGCGAAGAAUUGUUAGUUAGGAAUACUUUUUUAAAUGCAAGAAAUGCUCCUAUAGCUGAUAUUUUUUCCGAUCCUCAAGCUAAUUUAAAAGCUUUAAACAAAGAUAUAAGAGCGAAACUUAGGUGGAAAGAUAAUGGUUUGAAUGAUAGGACAAAAUUAAACUACGAAGAGAUUCCUUAUGAAAAUUUUGAAAUUGACAUUAAGAAUGGAAAGAAGAAUGGCUAAAAAAAAACUUUUGUUAAAUCCUGCUUGAAGGGUUCAGGUAGAAUUAUUAGACUUUAAUAAAAUAACUAAAGUGUAUCUAAUAAUGAUUUAGAAGCAAGUUAAAAAGAAAAUCUCUCUUUAAGAUCAAGCAUAAAAGGUUCUAUUGCAGGAAAUAGCACUAAUAAUUUAAAUGUGACAAAUACAAAUUAAAUUUCUUCCAACUAAAUUCCUGCUAACAAUAGUUAGAAAUAAACAAAUGUUUUGCAAUAUUAGUAGAAUAUUUAGCAAUAGUUAUCUCCUUCACCCUACAAUUAGUAAUAAUCAAACCAAUCUUCUAAUUAGUAAUAGCAGUAGCUUCAAUUGUCAAAGAAGCCUUUGACUACCUCUAACUAAUAACCCAAAAUUUAAAACAAUGCAAAUAAUCAACUUAGCCAAUAGGUUUAAUAAGUAGCAACUUUAAAGCAUAAUAAAAGCGCUAAGUCUAUUUUAGAAGACUCAAAUUAGAAAGACAAUUCAUUCUUAGAUAGUCAAUCAUAAUAGUAGAAUUACGGAGGACUAUCAUAAUAGCAACAACAAUAACAAUAACAGUAAUCAAGCUCAUUUAUUUUAACUGAACAAAAACCACCAACUAAUUCUAAAAUAACUCCUCCUCUCUCAUAAGCUAGCUAACUUAACAAAGAUUUAAGCAAGCAGACUCCACCUUUAAAAAAUACUUCUUAAAGUAUCAAAGUAACUUCAGCAUAGAAUAAUGGUCAGACUUAAAAGUAAUAAAUUCUUUAAAGUGGAAAUAAUAGCAGCUUAUCAGGUUUAUCUUACAAUUCCUCCUUUAAUGCUUAAUAGCAGUUAUCUUCUAAAAAUAUUCAAAUUCCUGCUUAGUCAACUUAACAACAAUAAUAAUAGCAAUAGUAAUAAUAUAAUUUCAACUAAAUUAAUUCUGGAUCUAAGAGUAUUCAUAGAAGCUCUAGUCUAAGCAAUUUCGAUAAGGAAAAAGAGAAUCAAUAAAACGGAGCUAGUGGAAUUUCUCAAUUAAACCCAUAAAUAAAUCAAUUACACUUGUCACUUGAAAGGCCUAUGACUUCCUAAAAUAGUGCAUCGGCAACCAAUUAAAACAACUUAAAGGUAUCUUCAAAUGGUAAGCCAUACUAAUUCCUUUCUCCUAAUAAUAAUGCUUUCUCUUAGAACUAAAGUCAAAUAAACUUUUCUAACUCAGUUUCAUCUAACAUGGGUUUAAAUAAAAAUUAAAGUAUAUCUUCUUCUAUGUAACAACAAAUAUAAUAGGGUUCCUUAAAAAAAGAUAUUCCAUCUCCUAUCAGUGCAGCCAAGUAAGAAGAUUUAAAAAAUAAACAAAGAAGCUAUACCACUUCUGGAGUUAUAAAUAAUAAUCAAUCAUCCUCAUCGAAGCUACAAAAUGAUAAUUCGAUCCUCGGAUUAUCUUCAAAUAAAAGUAAGUUAAAUGGUUAAGUUUCUCCACUUCCUCUUCCCCAAGCACAAACUCCUUCUUCAGCUAACUAGCAUUAAUACAGAUCAAACAGUGUGCCCAAAAGAAUAGAAGAAUCACAAAAUAAUACCUCUACUAUUCAAAAUUCUACACUUUACUCUACUUCAUCUGGCUUCAAUAAUUAGAAUAAUUAGUUAAAUUAAAAUAAGAGACCUUAAAGCGCCUCUGCAAAAGACAAAAAAGACUCAAAUUUCUCAAGCUCUUCAUCCUAACAAAUACCAAAUAAUAACAAUCCUUCUAGUUAAAGAUUCACAAGUCCCUACACUUAUUAACCUUUAUCAAAUAAAAAUUAGCAGUUCAACUAAUAAAUAGAUACAAAGGUAUCUUCUUUUAAUUCUAAAAAGGAUCUAUUAAAUGGUAUUUCCCCAAAUAACCAUAACUAAUUAAUCAAUCCUAAUAAACCCUAUUAAAGAGGCGAAUCUCCUUCAAUUAAAUAAAAAGAAAAAAUGUAAAAGCAGCAUUAGUUGAAACUAUAAUAACAGCAGUAGCAAUAAUAAUAAAUCUAAUAAUAAUAGCAAUCUUAGCAAAAAAGAAAUACUUAUAUUCAUAGUAAUGCUCCCACUUACUAGAAUUACAGUCUUCGUUAAAAUAAUCAAUCUGCCUCUAAUCCCCUUCCUCCUCCAUCUGGAAUUAAGCAAAGCAAUGAUUAAGUGAAUAAUGAAAAUUAAAUUUAUAGCUAAUAAGUCUAAGGAUCUCAACAAAAUUUGAAUUCUUUAUCUUAAAAUUACAUGAAUAUCAUAUCUGCAAAAAAACCACCUACUUCUGGAGUAUAAAAAGAUUAAAUACAGUUGAGCAAUAACCAAAACUAAAUUUCUUUAGUUUAAAAUUAAUCGUCUGCUAAUAACAUUCUUCGUGAACAGGAUUCAAACAAGAUGACAAAUUAAAACGUUUAGGAAUAAGUUAAUUAAAUCAACUAAAUUAGUAACAAUUUGAUGAAAACUCUGCUACACUUUUAACCACAAUCUACUACAAAUCAAUCUAAUUCUAAUAAUAUUUCCAUCAAAAAUACUGGAAAUUCUUCAGGAUUUAUGAAACAGAGUGGUGGACCAGUGAGAGUUACAGGAGAUAUCCUCUAAAAUAGUUUUAAGUAAUCAAAUAACACAAGUUCUGGAUAGUAGCUACUUUUAAAUAAUUAUAUGCAAGAAGAAAAUAACUCAAGUGUUUAUAAAUUAAACCAACCAAGCACUUUAGGAAAUAAUAACAAACAAUAAUUACCUUAAAUGAAUUAAUAAGUUUCUUCAUAAUAUAUGUAAUAAAACAUAAAUGUUCGUGGAAAUAGUGCACCUAGAUCUUUUUCACCUUCAGUUAAAGGAAUUGCUAAUUAAAAUAACAACAGUAGUAGCAAACAAAAUUUUGAAAAUUAAAUGUUGAUUAACUAAUCUUAGCAAUAAUAAAAUUAAAUUUAUUAACCUUAAUAUAGUUAGCAAUUUUAACAACCAAGCAUUCAGUAGCUCUAAUAAUAGUAAUUGGAGUAUAGAUAAAGACUAAGAAGCAAUUCUCCAGGGUAAAAUUAAGUUGCACCAAAUAUGAACAAUAAUUAUAAUAACUCUGUAAAUGUUAUGGUAAACAACAACAAUAUUUCAAAUAUAGUUGCUUACAAUAACAUAGCUGUGCCUUAGCCAUACGAUAGCUCCCUUCCAAAUUCUGCUAAUUUAGCAUCCUUAUCUAAACCUAAAUGGAAAUUUUGA